GAAGAAAUUUUUUUAAAAGUUUUUCCUAAAUGAAAAUGCAAAGUGGUACAACCGAUGCAAAUACAAUGGUACGAAAAUUACCAAAAAAACGGAAAUUUGAUCCAUCCGAAUUGGAAGAUACACAACCGACAACAAUUAUAUCGACAACAUCGUCAACAGUUGGUGAUAUGCUUCAGGUGACAACAUCCGCUAGUGAAAUAAAUGAUUCACCGCAACUGGUUAUUAUACAGAAUCCACAAAGUGUGUUACGGCAACCGCCUCAACCAGCUGCGAUUGAUUAUUCACGAUUAGCAUCGACGGCAACGCAACAGCAAUCGCAACAACAGCGUCGUAACGAUGAUUAUCGUCAAAUAAUCACUUCGGAACAUUCGUCACCGGAGCCCAUGGAAGAGACGUAUACAAAUCAUAUACGUCGCACACAAAUACCCCCAAUUGACUUGAAUGAAUGGCAUGAUCAUCGAGUUCUGGCUAAAUAUAACGAUGUCUAUUUACCAGGUAUCAUACGACGUGCAGGAAGUGCCGGAGAAGUCUGGGUUGAAUUUGAUUAUUGCGAACGACAAAUUCAACAAUAUUUAGAUGUGUUCACUACCGGCAAAUAUGAUGUUAUCGGUGAUGCAAGUCCUUCACUCGGUCAAAUCCAUAUAGGAACACCAGUUUGCGUUCGAAGCAAUGAUAGUACAUCGAAUAUGUUCGUUGAAGGUGUUGUCGAACAAAUAUUAAAUUGUCCAACACAAUUUGUGGUAAAAAUUCGUGAUGGUAAUACACAUACAAGUUUAACAGUGAGUCGUGCGAAUUUACGAUUGUUGUUGCCACCAUGGUGGGAUGAAAUUAAGGAUUUUGAUCCACAAAUGGUGAAUGGACAACAGAAUCGUGUAACAUCGAUUAACGAUAUUUCGUAUGGGAAUAUAAUUACACAAAGUAAUGGAAAUACAGUGCCGCCGCCAGGUGGUUCUGGUGGAAGUAUACUUGUUACUACUGAUGGUAACGGUCCGUUACAAUUACAUCAUGUUGUGCCAACGUUACAAACGAAUAAAACGACUGAGUACUAUCGGAGUACGGGUACAUCACCGUUGAAUACGCCCGUUUCACAUCAUCCGAUUUACACAACACCACAUUCAAAUGGUAGUACUGGCGAUUUAACACGACCUCCAUAUGAUGAAUAUUGUGAUAGUGAUGAUGAUUUGGGACGUGAAGAUAUUUUGUUUCCAUCUGAUGCUGAUGGAGCAAAAUUAUCUGGAAGUAGUAAACGAAGCAGCAUGCAAAGUCGUGGUUCGACAUCUUCGUUGUUGGAACAACGAAGUAUAACACCACGAUCUCAACCAGCGACCCCUCGUUCACAAGCGGCAACUCCGCAUAAAUACAAAAAGGGAGAUGUUGUACAAACACCAUCCGGUAUACGUAAAAAAUUUAAUGGUAAACAAUGGAGACGACUAUGUUCGAAAGAUGGAUGUCAGAAGGAAUCCCAACGACGUGGUUAUUGUUCUCGACAUUCUAGUUUGAAAGCAUCUGCCUUACGUAGUGGUCCAAGUGGUUUUCCAAGUCGUAGCAGCAGUAAAACUGGACACAGUACAGCAGACGGUGAAGAAACGUCGCGUGAUUCGGAGACAUCACCGAAUUACGCCGAUCGUCGUAUAACUGGUCGAUUUGAUCUCGAAGAAACCGAAGCUGCCAAUAUGUUAGUAUCACUUGGUAGUUCUCGAUCAGCAACACCUGCAUUCUCAUCUCCCACGGGUCAAGGAUCAUCUCCACUAAUUGUACAGUCCCCAAUAACCGUUGAUCCACGUUCAAAUGUAUUUAUGCCAAUCACAAGUCCUGCAGGUGUUACGGACAACAGUUUACAUAGAAACAACCCGACUGGUACAUCUCCGUCUAAUAUUCCAAAAUGGAAACGGCCUUCUCCAAUCCCUCCAGGACAUUUUAUGGUUACAGCGGCUGCAUAUCAACCACCGGUUAUUCGACCCGAAUCGGUUCGACCAAAUAAUAUUUCGGGAACUUCUAUGCAAUCACCAUCCAGUGUUGCAACAAGUGUUAUUCGUAUUUCACCAAAUCCUGGACAAUUACGAACAUCUCAGUGUCAAAUACAAUCUACUCAUAAUGAAAAUCAAAAUCUAUCAAAAUACACCCCAAUGCCAAGUAGCAACACUUUCACGAGUGUUGUAACCUCGGCAAUGCAUCAGAAACAAGUAAGAACCUCACACAUCCAACAGGAUCAAAUCAUAGACACCAACAACGUUAUGGAACAGAUACAACAACAACAAACGAAUGCAAAUAACGGAACCGUGAACACAAUCACCGUGGAAUCAGCUCAACCGACUGUCGUAAAUGGUCAAAUUCAUCAUCAUCACGCUUACCCGAAUCAAGUAACUCUGCUACCAAUUACCAAAACGAUAAAUGCUAACAACGAUGGACUACCAGAAACCGUGUAUAUUAUGUCAUCACCGGCUACAUUACUUCAACCCACCGAGAAAAAGUUAAUGAUUAUUAAAAGUGAAUUACCUGAUAGUGAAAAGUGUCAUACAAUUAUGGUGAAUCAAAGUUAUAUUACGUCACAAAAGUCAAUACAACAGAAACAAUUACAACAGCAACAGCAACAACAACAACAACAACAACAAUCUCAACAAAUUAUUACGUCACAACAAUCGACAACGAUACCCAUUGGUGGGAAUUUAGUACGAAAAUUUACGAUACAACAGCAGGAUAAUGGUGUGGGACAGCAACAUCAAAUACAAAAUCAUUCAAAUCAGAUAACGAAUAUGCAUGAUAAAAAUGACACGACUUGUAACGAAACACUAUUAAAUAACAACAAUAACCACAACCAGAAUAUAAUCGAAACAUCGACGAUUAUAAACGAACAAAAGCCGAUCGUAACAUACACACCAAAUAUUGUCCAUCAUACCCAGCAACAAGUGACACGGAUUAGUGGUACAACAUUAGUUCCACCGACAAGUUUAUUUCAACCAGUGAUCGUACAUCCAGCUCAGUUGGUACCUGUUUUACCGGCUGCCACUAAUCAUGUUGCCACCAAUAAUAAAAUUGAAACGCAACAACUUCAAAUCAAACAGGAGCCGAUGAUUGAUAAAAAUGAUAUAUCUGAAAACAAUAAUAUUCAACAAACCACUCCGGUUUCGAUAUACUCUUGGAAAUCAAUCGUACCAAUCUUAGCACCUGCAUCCCCUAUUCAACCGACAACACCGGCUCAACCGAAUUCCCCACAAAAUGGUGCUACAAUCACAUCAACAAACUACUCACAAAACAAUGAGAAAGACAUGAAAUGUAGCACGGGUGAACAAUGUGAUAUUGAUGUUGAUUUUUUGGCUGGAGAUGCUUUACCUUUACCGGGUGAUGAAGACGAUGAUGUGUUCGAAUCGGAUCCAGCAAUACCUGAACAAAUUAUUGUAUCGAAUAAUACAAAACGUCGUAGUCAAAGUUUGAGUGCGUUACAGAAUUCGAAGGAAAUGAAUUCAGGAAAAACAAAGGAGCGUAUACGACGUCCAAUGAAUGCAUUUAUGAUCUUCUCGAAACGACAUCGAGCUUUGGUACAUCAGCGUCAUCCAAAUCAAGAUAAUCGUACAGUUUCGAAGAUUCUAGGUGAAUGGUGGUAUGCACUAGGUCCUGAAGAAAAACAACAGUAUCAUGAAUUAGCUUCUGAGGUAAAGGAAGCUCAUUUCAAAGCCCAUCCCGAAUGGAAAUGGUGUAGUAAAGAUCGUCGAAAAUCUUCAACAGGAUCAACACGUUCAAAAUUAGGCUCAAUCACGGAUUCAACGGAUAUUCUAUCCGGCAACGAUGUUCUCCAAAGUCCACAUACCCCCUUAGACACAGCCACUCCACGUAUUAACAUAAUCGAUACAAAAACGUCUUCAGCGACUCAACAACAUGUUAAAAUCGAGGAUACAAACAAUAUAUCCGGUGAUAUUGAUGUAAUCGAAACAGCCGACGAUAUAUCUGACGAUGAUCAAAUGGUCAUAUGUGAGGAAGUCCCCUUGGAAAUUGAUCUCAAAUGUAAAGAAAAAGUAACCGAUUCCGAUUCGGAGUCACAAAGUGAUAUUGAUCAUAUCGAUGUUAAAACGUCACAAGCCUCGUUUGUUCGAUUUAGUCCGACAAGUAAACCUGGUGAAAUAACAUGUCGUCCGAAACCGAUUAAGUUACGAAUUGCUUCGAGCACGGAUAGUAAUAUUAAGUUUCAGAAUGAUAAUAAUACAUCGAUAAGUAUAUCGUAUCCAUAUAAUUCACCCGUGAAUCCAAUGGGUGUUCUGGGUUUUCAACCGACUGGUGGUGCGUUUAAAACAAUGCCAGUAUCACCUAAAACUACGAUUAAAACAAAUGAAAGUCAUAGUGGUAAGUCUUCAGCGACCGAACAUGAGCAAAUCACACAUUGGGUUGCCACUUCGAAUAACAAUGCUUCUUCUAUCUCUAACGCUAAUGCUAAAGUCUCACAAAUAACUGUGUAUAAACCGCAAAUCUCUCUAUUAUCCGCUCCUAAUACACAUGCGCAAUCAUCUGAUACAGUAAAAACAUCUAAACCAAUUACAUUGACAUUCCUAUCAAAUCCUAAUACAUCAGCCACGAUAUGUCUACCAGAUAACAUCACUUAUACGAACUUAAUGUUGAGUACAGGAUCAAAUCAAGUCACAACUUCGUCGACAGACACCACCGCAAAUCAUGUUGUGAUACCGGUGUCAUCGUCAGCGGUUGUGACUUCGUCGGCAAAUCAGAAUCUUGAUACAUCAGUGGUGUCCUCGCAACAGGAUGAUCGACAAGUGAUUACAACAGUAUCAGCAGCAGGUGCGGUAACAUCUAGUGUACAUAAUACGAUACCGACAUCGUCUGCGGAGCAAAUUAUCACCACGUCCACACCACAAACCGUGCAAUAUAUUAUGCACGAUUCACAAUUUUACAAUAGUUUUCAAAUACCGAUUUCAGAAAUCUCAAUUCGUAAAACUGAAAAUACCGUACAUCAGACAAUCGCGCAACCGCAUACGACACAAUCGGUGAUUGUUACUCAACAACAGCAACAAUCGACCAACAUAAAUACAUCCAGUUCAUCAUCUGUGUUAACAACAAUCUCAUCAAAUGCGUUCCAUAAUCAACAGAAUCAUCGAAAUAAUAGUCAUCAACAACAACAACAAUCCGCAAAUGCCAUGGAUACAUCAACACCGAAAUGUGUUAAGAAUGAAAAUGAUUCCGAUCAACAAAUGGUAUCGACACCGACUACAACGACAUCUUCAGAUAAUUCACAGAAUUAUCAAACCACUAAAGUUCAUUAUAAUAUGGGAUUACUAAUACGAUUAGAUCCAAGUGACGAUAUUGUAACGAAUAAACAAUUGACAGACAUCAAAACGAAAAUAUUAAAACCAGAACCGAUAUCACCAGCUGCAAAUGCAACAUCCACAACGGACCAAACAGAAACAUCCGCAUCGGAUCAACUAACCGCAAAACAACGUCAAGAUGAAAUUGAACAAGCUACAUUUGUCUUAGCACCAACACCAGCUCAAUUGGGUAAAGCACCGUUACAACGGCGCCAAUCAAUGGCGGUAUCAAUAUGCUCAAGUGCAACAAAUGAUAGUGUGAUUUCGAUGUCAUCUACCGGUAAUAAUGGUGAAUCGAAUACAAUUACGUUAAACUCAUGUGAAGAAUCUCCAUUAAUCUCACCAUCGAUGAAGAAAAGUAUUUUUAAGAAAAAUUACGAUGAUGGUAUGAAUAGAGUAUUAGAAACAGUGGAUUUUGAAAAGAAAUUCUCAUCGUUGCCAGAAUUUAAACCAGAAGAUUGUCAAUCGCCCAGUACAAUAUCGGUUCCAUCAAGUCCACGUGUGUUCACACAAAAUUAUCGUAAAAAACAGCAACAAACGCCGAGUAACACAAACAUCCAAGUUGUACAUAUGAUCCAACAUCGUCAACAAUCUAAUAAUAACACACAAGUGGACGAAGAUCAAGAAUUGGAUCGUAGUGGGGGUAAUCAAAUGAAUAUGGCACCAAAAUCAUCGGGUGCAAACACGAAAUUAAUUGGAAAUACAUUCUUUGGACCUGAUUUUAAUAUUGAAGCAUUUAGAGAAGCGACUUCAGAAGCGGGUGGUGCUGAAGCCAGUUCACCAUGUACACCAAAAACACCGUGUACCGCGGGUGUAAACAGUUCGAAUAAUGUACGAUUGAAUGAUUCAGCGAAUGAUAAAGGACAUCGUAGAUUAUUAGAACAGCGUCGACAACUUGUUAUGCUUCUUUUUCAAGAACAAGGAUGCUUUUUUCCAACAACUCAAGCAACAUCAAAUUUUCAGAGUGCGCAUUCAGAUCUCUUUCCAAACAAAGCAAGUUUACAAUUAAAAAUCCGUGAAGUUCGACAAAAAUUAAUGGCACAAAGCAGUAAUGCGCAUACACCGCUCAGUGCUGGUCUCGUUAGUCCAUCCCCACAAUCAGCGCCCCCCACAGUCACCGUAUCAGUAUCAUCAAUGUCAACACAAUCGAAUAGUGUGAAUUUAGGUACAAUUACUGAAACAAAUCCACAAAAUCAAACGUCCGGUGAUCAUUACCCCCAAAACACCACAACAAGUACUUCAAGCUAACUUCCCACUCAACACCCACCGUUUUUAUACGUGUGAAGUUAGUUAUGUGUGAUUGUUUUUUGUUUUGACACAUACAACAGUGUUGCAAACUUAAAUUUUUUUUAAAAAUUG